AUGGCAUCCUUCCUUCGCCUCGUGUUGGUGUUGGUCCUUGGCGUCCUCGCCGCCGCCGUACAGGCGCAGGACGCAUCCUCCAACAAGCCCGGCUACCCGGCCUGUGCCACGAAAUGCAUCGCCAGCGCCUUUGCCGGUGGCUUCUGCGCUCCCACAAACCAGACCUGCAUCUGCACGAAUGAGCAGUUCCAGCACAACGUCACUCUGUGCGUAUCAGCAAGCUGUACGAUACCGGAGGCUCUCGCCACCAAGAAUGCGAGCCUCACGAACUGCGGUGCCCCCGUGCACAACCGAGCCGAGUCGUACGUCGUCCUCUCCAACACCAUGGCCAUCCUCGCCGCGGUCUGCGUCAUGAGCCGGUUCGGCUACAAGAUCGUCUUCGCCGGGCUCGACGUCGGCUGGGACGACUGGUUCAUCAUGGCGACGCUGGUCGCGGCCAUGCCCAGCGCCGUCAUCACCGUCCACGGCACGACGGCCAACGGCCUCGGCAGGGACAUCUGGACGCUGGAGCCCCGGCAGAUCACCAACGUGCUCUUCUACUUCUACAUCAUGGCCUGGCUGUACUUCCUGCAGGUGACGCUCGUGAAGCUGGCCAUCAUCUUCUUCUACAUGCGCAUCUUCCCCGCCAGGGAGGUCCAGCGCGUGCUGUGGGCGACGACCGUCUUCAUCGUUGUGUGGGGCUUCGCCUUCGUCGUCGCGGCCGUCUUCCAGUGCAAGCCCAUCCACUACUUCUGGACGAAGUGGGAUGGGCUGCACCAGGGCAGCUGCGCCAGCGCGAACGCCGUCAGCUGGUCCAACGCCGCCAUCAGCAUCGCCCUGGACCUCUGGAUGCUUGCGAUUCCGUUGUGGCAGCUGAGGGCCCUGAAGCUGCACUGGAAGAAGAAGGUGGGCGUGGCGUUGAUGUUCAUCGUCGGCACAUUUGUGACCGUCGUGAGCAUCAUUCGCCUCCAGUCCCUUGUCGACUUUGCCAAGGGAUCCAACGCCACCAUGGACUUCAUGGACGUCAGCAUAUGGAGCACGGUUGAGAUCUGCGUCGGCAUCAUAUGCGCGUGUCUGCCCUCUAUCCGUAUGAUCCUGGUCAAGCUCUUCCCGGGCAUGUCUGGCUCGACCCUCCGGAGCAAGGGGAGGCAGUACUACCAGCAGUACGGCAGCGACGUCAGGUCGAAAGGAGCGCGCAGCCAACCGCGCACUGUCGGGGUAGUCACCGUGGACAGGAGCAACUCUGUGCAUGACGUGGAGGACCGGCACAUCAAGUUCCAGAAAACAUUCACCAUCUCCUACAGCGACAGCGACGAGACGGAUCUUGUGCCGAUGAAAGACAUUCAGAAGCCGGCCAAGACUCACCAGUAG